UUGGCCAACAGUCAACCUUCUUCGUUCACAAAGUAAAGACAAGCACAAAGACACUCCCUAAAGAUGGCUUUCAACAUGGGUAACCUCCUCCUCAUUGUCGCCGCCGCUGCUUUGGCCGCCGGUGAAACCAUCCAGCUGCAGCCGACGCAGGGCAUCCUCAUCCCGGCACCACUGGCCGAGAAUAUCCGUGUGUCGAGAGCCGCCUAUGGCGGUGGCUAUGGCGCCCCAGCUGCUGCUCCAUCCUACUCCGCACCUGCUGCUCCUUCAUACUCCGCACCUGCCGCUCCAUCAUACUCCGCACCCGCUGCUCCAUCAUACUCCGCACCUGCCGCUCCAUCGUACUCCGCACCCGCUGCUCCAUCAUAUUCCGCACCUGCCGCUCCUGCCUACUCCGCACCUGCUGCACCCGCUGCCCCGUCGUAUGCUGCCCCCGCAGGCAUCCCAGCCCCACCCUGCCCCAAGAACUACCUGUUCAGCUGCCAGCCCUCUCUGCAGCCCGUCCCCUGCUCGGCCCCAGCACCAUCUUAUGGCUCCUCGGGCGCCUACUCGCAGUAUGUGCCACAGUACGCAGUGCCCUACGUCAGGGAAUUCUUGUAAGGACUCACCCACAAAAAAGAACAUACUGAAUCCAUCUCUGAAUAAAAUGAAACGUUUAUAAGAA